CUUUUUAUAAAGAAAUGAGUGUGAUAGAAGUAAAAAAAACUCCAAACAGGCUAUUCGAUGCUUUUUGUUUAGAAAUUACGGCGCUUAUACGGCUUGUAUCUGUAGACCAUUACAUGUCAAUAUGGCCACAGAGCAGGCGCUGGAGGCGUGCGAUGUCACAAAAAUCGUGAAUAAUUCGAUGAAACCAGAACAAAUUUUGUUGUUUAGUGGCAAAAGGAAAUCUGGAAAGGAUUAUAUUACUGAUAUCUUGUACAACAGAAUUGGUGCGCAAAGGAGUACGAUUAUACGUUUAUCGGGACCUAUAAAGACACACUGGUCAAAAUCUCUGGGUCUUGACAUCAGUCAAUUACUGGGACAUGGUGAAUACAAAGAGAAGUAUCGAUUAGAAAUGGCUAAAUGGGGAGAGAAUAUGAGAAUAAAGGACUAUGGAUACUUCUGUCAAGCUGCUAUUGACAUGUACAAUGCAUGGGAUAAGCCAGUGUGGAUAAUAAGCGAUGUCAGAAGAAAAACUGACAUCAAAUGGUUUACAGAAAACUUCGGGGAUGCGUGUAAGAUUGUACGUAUAGUUUGUUCUGAGAAAGUUAGGCAGAAACGAGGCUGGGUCUUUACAUCAGGAAUAGACGAUUCAGAAACAGAGUGCGAUUUGGAUGACAUAAAUAAUUGGGACGUUGUGCUGGAGAAUAACGAUGAUAGCGACAUAGAAGCUAUAUUGCAACAGUUGUUAGGCCUUGUUAGCUAG